AUGGCGUACGCCUACUACUACGAUAUCCCACCGCCAUUGGUCGACCAUCCACAUGAGAGAAGUCACCAGCAUCAGAAUCUUCUCUCAUACCUCGCUCGAAGGCCACCCCACCCUGAGACUCAUCCCAAUCAGCCAGAUGUAGAUAUCCGUGACGCGGUGUCCGAGUAUUUCAUCGAGGUCGAGGUUCCUGGUACCAAAAAGCCUUCCGAGAUCACCGUCUCAUGGACCGGCUCACGCUCGUUGUUAUUGACCGGCAAUGUCGCAAGACCAGAUUAUGGAAAAGCCGAGAAUUCCCAGGUGGAGGAGGAAAAGCCAGAGCCUCAUUCCGGUGGGGUUCAUUUGCUUGUUGGCGAGAGAAGAGUCGGACCGUUCAGGAGAUACAUCAAUUUCCCCACAGAUGUGGAGAAUGUGAGCGUCACCUUGGAAGCUGGGUUGUUGAAGAUUCGCGCCCCUAAGAAAGGGUACACCGAGGCUGCUGCUACAAAGGUCGAUGUCCAGCAUGAGUGA